GGAUAGCCAGCUGCCUCAUCCUAUUUUUGCCUCUCUCCCUCCUUCCCUUCUCAGUCUCUUCAGCAGCACCAAGAUCGGCUCGCUGCCUUCUGUUCUAUCACUAGACUAGCUAAGCACAGCACCAAUGGCCUCCACCGCUACCUUCCUGUCCACCCUCGCCGGUUCCGCGGCCACCGCCAGCCUGAACAGCACCGUGCCGUCCGGCGGCAACAGAGGCAAGGUCGUCAGGUUCUUGCCGGCGUCGUCGGCGCAGAGCAGCCGAAAGCGGCGCGCGGUGCUGUCCCCGCUGAGGGCGGCGGUCUCCGGCACGGAGAAGGCGCAGCCGGCCGCUUCAAAGGGCAAGGGCAAGAGCGAGGACGAGCGCGUGGUGCAGGUGCACAGCAUCGAGGAGUUCGACGGCGCGCUGAAGGCGGCCAAGAACCGUCUGGUGGUGGUGGAGUUCGCGGCGAGCCACAGCGAGAGCAGCAGCCAAAUCUACCCGACUAUGGUGCAGCUGAGCCGCACCUGCGGCGACGUGGACUUCCUGCUGGUGAUGGGCGACGAGUCGGAGGCGACCAAAGAGCUGUGCCGCCGGGAGGGCAUCACGCAGGUGCCCCACUUCUCCUUCUACAAGGGCGCCGAGAAGGUGCACGAGGAGGAAGGGAUCGGCCCCGAGCAGCUCGCCGGCGAUGUGCUCUACUACGGCGACAACCACCAAGCGGUGGUGCAGCUGCACUCGCGGGAGGGCGUGGAGGCGCUCAUCAAUGAGCACCGCGGCGAGGAGGGGAAGCUGGUGGUGCUCGACGUCGGACUCAAGCACUGCGGGCCCUGCGUGAAGGUGUACCCCACCGUGGUGAAGCUAUCGCGGACCAUGGCCGAGUCCACGGUGUUCGCGCGCAUGAACGGCGACGAGAACGACAGCUGCAUGGAGUUCCUCAGGGACAUGGACGUCGUCGAGGUGCCCACCUUCCUCUUCAUCAAGGACGGCAAGAUCGCCGGACGCUACGUAGGCUCCGGCAAGGGGGAGCUCGUCGGCGAGAUCCUCAGAUACAAUGGCGUCAGGGUCACCUACUGAACAACGCUGCAAUGUUACAAUGUUACACAAAGUGAAAUAAUCUAAGAAGUACACACAUGAAUGGAAGGCACAUACCAAGAAAUGUACAAUUACUGCGACAUCCAUCGAUGUUUGGUUGAUGUUUACACUGUUUAUUGUGUAAGAUCAUACUUGUAUGCUAAAUCGCAUGCUGUAGUAAUAGUACAUUUUGGAGUGAUAACAGCUGCUAUUUUGUAACUUCAAUCUUACUGUGAUGAUUGAUCAAGCUUGCUUGUCCGAUUGUA